AAAGUGAUUUGAAGUCGGCUCUAACGGAGUAUAGUGGAGGAAGUGAAUCAUAUUUGUACAUGCGAACAACUAGCCACAUUUGUCACGAAUUAUAAUGUGUGAUUGUUAUGCGGGAGUCAUGACAAACUCGCAACAAUAAUAAAGAUCCCAAAUACGGUGUGAAGUUAAAAAUAAAUAUAAGCGAAAUUGAAAUUAAGAUGUAUAAUCACCUACGGAUCGGAUAUGUAUACAUACAUCUGUACAUGUAUGAGUGAUUUGGUGCAAAUCUAAAAAUGGCUUAAGUUUUUCUUCGUUAUUUCGUUUUGCUUAUCAAUGCAACAAAGUCGGACAGCUGGGCACAGUACUCUUCCUGGAAGCAACAAACAUUGCAGAUACAUCUCAGACAAUGAUGUCGAGAAUGCGCUGGCCGAGUCACAAGCCAUUGUGGUAAGCGCUUCUCAAAACCAGCAACAACAACAACAACAGCAGCUGCAACGUCAACAGCCAUUGGCAAACAAUCAGACUCAGAGUCAUCAUAUGAUCGACUCGCAGAUUUCCGUCAGCAGCGGUGCAUCAAUACAGACAGCAUUCUUCCAAUCUCUUACCAAUUCGCCGGCGCAUCAAAUUGGCCUACAACAUACAACGUCAACGAUCAGCAGCAACUCAACCAAUUCGGUUAACUCGCAGGGAGUCGCCUAUGCCGCCGAUGCAUUGAACGGACAGCGAUCCAUCAACUCGCUGCUGGAGCACAUCAGUCCCGCUCAAGCUGCUGCCGUAAUGAGCGGCGAGGGUGUUCUUAAUAUAGCCGAUGUGGCCGAUUUAUUGCAUCCACAGCACGCCAUCAUCACUGGUGGACGGUCACAAGAAGGCUGCCCGCUUAUCAUAUUUCCGGAUAAUAAUAAUUUUAAUUCACUAGACGAAGCAGAUUACCAAAAAUUAAUUUUGUACCUCAGUUCGGUGCCGUCCCUACAAGAUGCCGACCUUGGAUUUCAUUUAAUAAUUGACAGACGCAAGGACCGAUGGACCUCGGUGAAGACAGUUUUACAACGAAUAUCGAUAUAUUUUCCCGGCAUUAUACAUGUAGUGUAUGUGUUACGUCCAUCUGGUCUCUUCCAGAAAGCUAUAUCCGAAGUUAGUACUAAGUUUUCCAAAGAUGAAUAUCGCUUCCGACUCGUAGUUUGUUCCGCCUUAUCUGAUCUUCAUGAUUUUGUCGAUGUCAGCCAAUUAACGCCAGAUAUGGGAGGAUCUUUAAUCUAUUCGCAUCAUGAGUGGAUACAACAGAGAAUCUCACUUGAAAAGUUCUCCAGUCUAACGCAUCAAGUAUCAGCUGAAUUGGAUAUAUUUAUACAAGCAAUACACGAUACGGAAUUCCCAAAUUCCGUUGAAGCCACAAGAAAGCUAUUGGAGGAUCAAGGCGUCGAUUAUGCGCGCCUGAAGGAGGAAAUCCUGGCUGCAGCCAAACAUGGUGAAACCCUUUUGGACAACAUCAAAUCAAUUGAAGAACUGAAAGAGUUCUCCGAGCGGACUGGUAAUGUCAGUGCCAUUGAGAGACUGCUCGUACAACUGGAGGAGACCGAACGUCGAUUCGAUGAGUUUUGGCGCACACAUCGCAACCGCUUGGAGCAGUGUUUACUGCUGCGAAUGUUCGAACAGGAUUUCCGCGAGCUACAGAAUGUCUUCGAUGGGCACUUGAAGACGAUUGGCGAAAUGACUGAAAUCGGGGAGAGUGUGGAACGAGUUGCGACCCUACUUAAAGAAACCGAAGAGUUUAAAAUUACGGCCAAAGUGGACACAGAACGAGCUGAAGAAAUAAUUCAGGCAGGACAACAAUUAAUCGGCUCUCGAGGUGUUUACCCCUGGGAGGUUGUUCAACCCAAAUGUGACGAACUGCAGCGAGUUUGCGAUAUAAUCGCAUUGCGAGUUGAUAAAAGACUGGAUAUUCUGGCCAAAAAUAGUGAACUUAUGGAGAGAGUUGAAAAGGCUAAUCAAUGGUGUGCAAACGGAGUCGAGUUACUGGCAUCGCAGCGCAUCGAAAAGUGCUCAGUGUCGGCAGAUUUGGCGGAGCAGAGUCUACAGGAGAUACAGGCGUUUAUUGCCUCUGCUUCCGACUUUAAAUUGUCUAGUCCGAGUGAAUUUAAGAAGAUUUUCCUUGAAAGCACAACACCUGAGACUAAAGCUCUUGUUUCACAGGUACUCCAACGCAUUGACGAUGUCUCCCUGAUGUGUGACAAACGCAUUGCAAGUUUAAAAAAACUGGCAUUGAAACCGCCUCGUCCUGUUCAACAGGUUACACCUGAGCCAGCUGUACCCCUGCAACCACCUGGCGGGGCACCGCAUCUAUUGCGACGCAAACUCAAUAAGACUGAUGGCAUACACGAAUUGCGGCCUAGAAGUAUAGACGGAGUCGCUGAUUCGGGGGUUUCGAUGAACGGAGAUGCUGGCUCAAGUCCAGAUAGCGGCGAUCAUAUGCAAACGCAACAGGACGCUGAAGCGAGACGGCUGAAACGUGGUCAUGUUUUGACAGAGCUUUUGGAGACAGAACGCAUCUAUGUGAACGAAAUGAGUUCAAUUCUAAAGGGCUACUGCGAUCAAAUGCAAUCAGAGGAACUCAUGCACAUGGUACCAGCUAGUUUGCAGGGAAAAGAAGAUGUGCUUUUUGGCAAUUUACAUGAGCUCUACACCUUUCACAACGAUGUCUUUCUCAAGGAUCUGGAAAACUGUAUAUCGACAACCGAACUGGUGGCACUUUGUUUUGUGCAACGUCGCGAUACCUUCUAUAGGUUAUAUUCGUUUUACUGUCAGAAUAUUCCGAGAUCGGAACGCUUGCGGGAAACUCUAGUGGACACGCAUCUUUUCCUUCAAGAGUGUCAGAAACGUUUAGGCCAUAAACUUCCUUUGGCUGCAUAUCUGCUCAAGCCAGUGCAGCGAAUAACCAAGUAUCAAUUGUUGCUCAAGGAUCUACUGCGCUUCAGUGAUAGUGGCAGUUGCACCAAAGAGCUACAAAAGGCCCUCGAUUGUAUGUUAAUUGUGCUCAAGUGUGUAAAUGAUUCCAUGCAUCAAGUGGCCAUAACUGGCUUUCCAACCGAUUUGGCACAGCAGGGAGAACUUUUGCUGCAAGACUCAUUUCAGGUGUGGACAGAGUCGAAAAAGGAUAUACGCCUGAGAAUUAAGCCACAGCAACGUCACAUAUUUCUGUAUCAGAAGUCCAUGUUGUUCUGCAAACAAACCUCCAAGCCGGGUCACAACAAAAGCACCUAUCAAUUCAAGCACCAUGUUAAGAUGUCCCAAAUCGGCUUAACCGAAUCUGUGCGCGGCGACACCAAACGAUUUGAAGUCUGGCUGCAAGGCCGUCAGGAAGUGCACACUCUACAAGCUGCCACGGUGGACAUGAAAAACAAAUGGGUAGCUGAGAUUAAGCGUGUCUUGCUCAACCAAUUGGAGGAGUUAAAGGGCGAGAAAAUAAAGCAAUAUGGCCUGAAUAAUCGGGGACUAAGCCUACGACAGACAACAUCAUGGGACACACCCAACAUUAUUCUAGGCACACCAAGUCGAACGAUUAGCUGUGAUGCUUCAUCCGAGUCCUCCAAUCGCAAUUCAAAUUGCAGCAGCGAAGAUAAUGUGGUCGCAGGAGCUGCCUGUUCCAAUUUUGUUAGUGGCCCAACUGACAAGGAUCAGCAAGAAGUGUGUGGCUGGAGCUCAGACUAUUCGAAUAGCGAAGAUGAGAUAUCAUUGAUUGAGGACAAUAGCACCCCGGGCAGUAAAUUCAUUGCCCUGGCUGAUUAUACGGCUAUGGGACACUCUGAAGUUUCGAUGCGUGAAGGUGAAACUAUCGAGUUGCUGAAGGUGGGCUGUGCUGGCUGGUGGUAUGUGCGAGUCUUAGAUACCAAAGCAGAAGGUUGGACCCCAGGCGUGUAUCUGGAAUCGAUCAAUCGAAAAUCUUCUCGAUCAUCGAGCUGUAAUCAGGAGCGAAUAAAUCUCAAAUAAAUUGUUAUUGACAACGACAUGGACAUUAUACAUAUAUAAUGGCAUAGCUUCUACCAAAACUUAAUCUAUUAUCCUCUAUAGAUAACAGAAUUUGAGUUUCAGAGGCAGAUUCAAGUAUUCCUAAUAUCUCUAUUUGUCUGAUCGAAUUUUAUACAUAUGUAUAUGUAUAUGUAAUCUCUGUUUUUAUUCAUUUGCAACAUUUGAUCGAAUCAUCGUACAAUCUCUGGCCUUAGUUUCCCUAAUAGGUACCUCAUAUUUAUGCUUCGUAUAUUUAGAGAAGAUAAGAAAGUAAGUAUAUAGAGAAUAUUAUAAUCAAGUUAAAAUAAUUCUAUUUCCCCCAAUUGAGUUUAUAAAAUAAAACUUAAGUACAUACAUACAUAACUCCUAGUCUGUAAUACUAUUUAUUUCAGCAGUACUCUACAUAUAAAUGUCGUCAUAAAAUUG